AUGGAUUACGGCGAGGAAAUCGGCGCGGGAACCUACGGCGUUGUUUAUUUGUGGCGCGAUGGCAAUGAUGCUGUGAUAAUUAAGCGUCCACAAACACGUGGUCGCUAUGACGAAUUCCGAGAAGAAUUACUGAUUUUGAAGAAAUUUGCGCACCCAAAUAUUGUCAAGUAUCGGGACCGUCCGGUUAAUUACAAAGUCGCUUCCGAAGAUCUGUUAAUAUUUAUGGAGUAUUGUGAGCAUCAUUCUUUGCGAAAUGUAAUCAAAUCACCUCAAUACAUCUACCAUCUCAACAAUAUUAUUCAAUGGUUGAAUCAUAUUUUCUGCGGUCUGGAGUAUUUGUACAUGCAGGAGACGGUUCACGGGGAUUUGAAGCCGGAGAAUAUUUUCGUGGACAAGGACUUCGUGUUGAAACUAGGUGACUUCGGCAGCCUCAAGCAGAUUGGCGAGUCCGCUGAAUUACACGCGGUCCUGCAAGUCGGGACUCCGGGUUAUAUGGCACCAGAAUAUUCGAUAAUGUCGGUUUCGCAGUUGACGGCGGAGCUCAAGUACGAUCAUCAAAAAUCGAUGUCACAGGUCGACCUCGAGCACGAGCGACUUGUAGCCGAGGUGCCGGAAAUUACCAAGAAAGAUAUUUUACAGAGAUACCUCUUUUUCGUCGAUGAUUAUCCGACUUAUCCGUGCGAACACGGGACUGCAAGUCAUCUAGCGGCUAGCGCGAAUAAUGAGCGCCAGGGAUUGUUGGAUUCACCUGGGUCAUGCGAACACUCAUGUGCGAGCCCUGAACAGCUCGCUUUCGCAAAAGCCCAUUCGCUGAUGAGCCGCCUUAUCCGUUACUUCGAGGUGCUCAUCCAAGCGCCGGGCCGAAUUCGCUUACUUGUCUUCCUCCUUGAAGGCUUAUGGCGCGAAGCCGUGGAAACGGAGGUAACCAACAUCUCCUUGAACUUUUUGGCCGCGUCCGGUACGCACGAGCCGGACCUAAAAAUCCCAAACGAGCGCGUCGCCAUCGAGAGACGCCAAAAACAGCUGCACCACGCCAGCGUCAACGUCCUUCCGGGCUACGUUGUCCAGUCGCCGCCGAACUUCGACGCCGUGUGCUGGGGACUGAAGCUGGACAGGCAUCGCAUACCACACGAACUCGACCUGCAAUGGCACGGCGUCCUUCAAAUGAAAUUGUCCGAUCUGGACCCGGUUUUGAUGGAGCUGGCCUCAGAACUGUGGGAGUGGGAUGGCUUGGAAGAUGACGUUGUAAAUCGCCCGAAAAGCUACAGAAAACGGAUAAACGAAUUAAUUCAGCGUCUAGAGGCCUCAGCGGCAUUUCAGAAGCAGCCGCUCUGGUGGAAUCAGAUUCCUGGCGUGGUGGACCUU